GAUGAUACCGGUUCUUGUGCUUGUCUUGCUGAGUGCAACAUGUGUGAAGACACUGGUUUAUCCCACGGUGGUGGUGGCAGAACUUGGCAAAAGCUACAUCAUGACCUUCACCUUUAGGCCGAAUGCUAGAAACAUGACAGAGUUCCAUAUAUACAACGACAAUAGCGACACCACCAUGAUAAGCAUCUUCCAGAAUACGACCACAGUCUAUAAAACCUGGGAAAGGCGUGUUAUUGUCCAGGAUAACAUCGCCGAGGGUUCAGUUACGGUGACCUUGACCUCUGUCCUGGUGGAAGACGAAGGCUGGUAUCGUGUCUCCAUGGAUACCGGUCAUUCGGAACAAUCUGGACGUUUCCCAAUUAUAACAUAUGCUCAGCCUGUCUACCUAACAAUAACUCAGACCUUGAGUCAAAACAAUAACGAACGUCACUUCCGGUGCAGAGGGAAUGUUGGGAGACCUAAUCCGAUAUUACGUCUUUUACAAUCGCCACCUUACAAUGAUGUUCCCAAUCAUGAGAUCACAAAGUAUAAACCGACAUCGCCACUUCCAAACGGGACGUUUUUCAUCGAUCAUUCCUUCAAUGUAUCAUUUCCCUUUUCUGAUAACGGAACCUAUGUUGUCUGUGACGUCACGCAUGAAAUAGUCUUAGGGAAACAGCUUCGACCAAUCAGGAGUAGGCUGGAGCUAGUUACUGUGAAGCGACCCAGCGUUUCUGGACAGUCCAUUACCAUAACAGGGACAAGUACUUUGCUAACACCAGCAUCAGAACUGAAAAUUACUUGUCAACCAAGCACAGUUAGUAUAACAGAUGUCAAUAGUAUAAGCAUUAAGAAAAAUACCAGCACUACAGAUUAUACAGUACUAGUGUCUGUUUCCUAUGAUAAACCCUCAGGAUCAUCAGUAUACUUGUGGGGUACAACAGGUCAUCAGGGCAGACAAGGGGUGACAGUGACGGGAAAUGUGGACACUCUAGCUGGUGCUCAGCUCGUAUUAACUAUUGCAGCCAACAGGACGACAUGUACCGAUGGUGGAGCCUAUCAGUGUCAGAUGGGAGUCACUCUGAUAGGUGGUAGUGGUGGGACAGCUUCUGAUGAUAAAUAUGUCACUGCUAAAGAAAGUCCUACCUAUACCAACUCUCUGUCUGUGACACCAUUACCCAAUGUGAACAGUGUUUACUAUUCUGUUGGAACGGUGUUGACAUUCUCCUGUACUGGAACGGUUGGCACAGAUAAACAGAGACACACCUGGUGUUACAAGCGAGCCAGUGACAGCACAUAUACGGGUUACCCGAUCGCAUCACAUAUAGAUCAGAAUGAUGAUGGUUUGGUCAAGGAGAACUGUAAUUACAGGCGUACCAGUACACUUACCUACAACGUCACUUCUGCCGAUUCCAAUACCACGUUUAUGUGUGAACCGUACACUGGAACUGUGUGUGGCUCUAAUCCACCACAGCUGAAGUCUUAUUAUUCCAUCAGAAACUACGUAACGGGUGGCAGUACCGGUGGUCAGGAUGAUGGAGGCAGUGUGAGUAAUGCUGGAACGAUCGCUGGAGUCGUCAUUGGAGUAUUUGCUGCGAUUCUUCUCAUCGUUCUCAUUGUUUAUUUUGUGGUGAUCAGACGAAGGGGUGGCGGAGAGACAUACAACACCAAAGAAGAUGGAUCACCAGAGAGUGCAGAAAAUGGAGGACCAGCCCACACAGAAGGACCGGUCUACAGUGUACCUGACAAGAACAGGACACGAGGUAAACAUGGACAUGACAACAAUGCGUUGGAUGAGCCACGUGAAGAGAAGAGAUCUCGCCGACGGGAUCGUGAUCGUCGAGAUUAUGAUGAUGGACGUGGUCACUCCAACAAGGCAAUGUAUGAUUACAGUGAUGAUGACCGAGACGGUGGGUCAAUGGAUGGAGGUGGACAUCCUGUUGGUAUUGGAUCUUCUGUGUAACCUCAUGUAUAUUAUUUCAGCUUAACCCAGCUGUCACAGGGAGGUCUGAAUAAUGGUAUUGACAAAAUCAAUUUAUGCAGUCAAUUUAAAGAGCAUGUUGAGUAUGUAGGUGAAUAAUGGAUGUGUUCGGUUCUGAUUGUGAAAGACAGGAUUGUGCUACCAACAUAUUGUAUUGAAGAUGGGACGAUUUGUGGAUUUAUGCAUUAUUUCAUGUCUCAUACAUGAUAAACGAAAGCUACAAUAUCU